ACAGUCUGGAGCUGGACUUACCCUACACAAAAUUGAACCAACCCGUCAUUCAGCCUGUAACUUUAGUGACUGAGCUCUUUCGGUGACAUAAAAUUUCGUGCAGAAUUUGUUAAGUGUGUUAUUGAUACAUCUCAUCGCGGGACACAUCCGGUCCAAGGCCGCUUGUAAUCAGGCCCAUGAUUUUUUUUUGUUAAUUUGUUACCAGUUAUGUCCACUGCAUGCUUAUUUAUUUUCGUUGCUACGAAAGAUGUGAGAGAAGAAAUCGUGAUUCUUAUCUCGUCUGCAGCUUUACGUGCAGUUGCCACAAGUUACUGACUUCAAAACCUUGCCGAUAUUGGGCAUGCCGAACUCUCAACAAGUCACCCUUGAUCUCACAUCAACCAGCUACAGAGACAAUUGUGAUCGACUGCGGUACCUGGAGGAGAAGCAGCGAGAACUUUGUGCCCUGAGCCAGAACAUUCUGACGAGUUUAGGUAUCGGAGCAAAGAUGGCCAUUGACGAGUGUCAGUACCAGUUCCGUAUGAGUCGCUGGAACUGCAGCACAUUUGGCAAUACGACUACGAUCUUCGGAGGAGUCCUGUCUGUCAACAUCCGUGGCUGUGUUGUAGAGAGUCGAGAAGCUGCUUACGUCCAUGCAGUGUCAGCAGCUGGGAUAGCGUACACAGUGACGCGUGCGUGUUCUCGUGGAGAGCUAAACGAAUGCAGCUGUGACAGCAGAGUGCGCAGUCGCAAACCCAAAGGAAAAUGGCAGUGGGGCGGUUGUUCCGAAGACAUUCAUUUUGGUGAGAAAUUUAGCAGAGACUUUGUAGACUCUCACGAGAAUCGAGACACUGCUGAUGGUCUCAUGAAUUUACAUAAUAAUGAAGCUGGGAGAAGAUCCAUCAGGUCGCGGAUGCAGCGAGUGUGCAAGUGCCACGGGAUGUCCGGAUCUUGCAGCGUAAGAGUGUGUUGGCGGAAACUGCCGCCAUUUCGCCAGGUAGGGGACGCCUUGAGCGCGAGAUACGAGGGCGCCUCUCACGUCAAGAUGGUGGACAAAAAGAGACGGCGUAUCAAGAAGCUGAGGGCGGUGAGUCGAGACUACAAGCAGCCCAACAAGACGGACCUGGUGUUCCUAGAGGAGUCGCCGGACUACUGUGAACGUAACGAAACGAUGGGGGUUCUCGGGACGCGGGGCCGGCUGUGUAAUCGCACGAGUAUGGGGCCAGACGGCUGCCGCCUGCUGUGUUGCGGGCGAGGCUACCAGACAAGGGUGCGCGACGUGGAAGAGAAGUGCCAUUGUAGGUUCGUGUGGUGCUGUGACGUCAAGUGCGACACGUGCCGCUACAAGAAGGAGGAACACAUCUGCAACUAAAAGAAGAUCGAAUGUCUGUCUGCACAAUCCGCCUCGGAGCACCUACAAAGUGACUAAGGAGGAGUGGGUGUCUAUACAAUUGGUUGCAGAAUUCGAGUCAUUUAUCCAGCUCCAGGGACCCUAAAAGACGACCGGAAGAAUGAUAGGACGUUAUGCAAAUGUUGGUUCAAACAUCCUGCCUCGGACGGCCCAACAAGGCAUUCAGAAUCGAAAGAGAAAGAAGAAUCCAAUCAUGGAUUAUUCUACAAGUAAAACUUUAGCUCAGGCAAUAACCAGAGCAACUUACAUUAGAACAAAUAAAAAAUGAAUACGUUCUUGCAGGGCGCAGGCAGGCCUAGUUUUGUAACGUUAGGAUCGUCAUUGACGAAUGUCUUUACACAUUCAGUCAUUUGAUUGCAUGCUUCUCCGUUAAAUAGCUGUAGAAUGCCGCGAUACUUUUAAACUGGCCAGCUGUCGUGUCGAAGUAUCUACAAGCGGCCGGCACUACAUUAUCAGAACAAAAGAGAACAGCAGACGAACCGAGUUCAGUAUUUAAUUCCUUGCAUUACUGUGGCAUUUUUACAGGAUAUUUGGAGGGGAUAUGGGAAUUUAGAAAAGGCUUGGUUCAGUGACUAAAAGUAAGAAGUAAAAGAUGUCCCACUGUACGCCAUGUAGGCGCUUGAGGGUGAGGUAUUACAGCUCCUACUCAUUCUUGAC